CGCCCCCCGCCCCUCCCCGCCCGCCGCGCGGCUCCCCCCGCAGCGCCUCCCCCGCGGGGAGGGAGCGAGGGGCUCCGGGCGCCGCGCGGCAGACCAGCUCGGGCUGCGGGCCGCGCCGCUCUGCUCUCCUCCGCGGGCAGCAGCAGCUCAGCGGCGGCCGCAGCGCCUGGGGGCGGCGAGGAGGCGAGCGCCCACCGUUCCCGGCACCGACCACCCCGCCUGGGUCCCGCCGCCGACAUGGAUCUCCUCCUGGCGCUGGUGCUCGGGGCCGCUCUCUACCUGCCGGCGGCCGCCGACUUCGACGGGAGGUGGCCCAGGCAAAUAGUGUCGUCCAUUGGCCUGUGUCGGUAUGGUGGGAGGAUUGACUGCUGCUGGGGCUGGACCCGCCAGUCCUGGGGACACUGCCAGCCUUUCUACGUCUUAAGGCAGAGAAUAGCCAGGAUAAGGUGCCAGCUCAAAGCUGUGUGCCAACCACAGUGCAAACACGGAGAAUGUAUCGGACCAAACAAGUGCAAGUGUCACCCCGGAUAUGCCGGCAAAACCUGCAAUCAAGACGAGCACGCCUACCCAACUCCUCUUGACCAAGGCAGUGAGCAGCCUCUUUUCCAACCCCCGGAUCCGCAAGCCACAAGUUUACCUUCAAGGGAUCUGAAUGAGUGUGGCCUGAAGCCGAGGCCCUGCAAGCACAGGUGUAUGAACACUUACGGCAGCUACAAGUGCUACUGUCUCAACGGGUACAUGCUGAUGCCGGACGGGUCCUGCUCAAGUGGCCUGACGUGCUCCAUGGCAAACUGUCAAUAUGGCUGUGACGUUAUCAAAGGACAGAUACGGUGCCAGUGCCCCUCUCCUGGCCUCCAGCUGGCUCCGGAUGGAAGGACCUGUGUGGAUGUUGAUGAAUGUGCUACUGGAAGAGUUUCCUGCCCUAGAUUUAGGCAGUGUGUCAACACUUUUGGGAGUUAUAUCUGCAAGUGCCAUAAAGGCUUCGACCUCAUGUACAUUGGCGGCAAAUACCAGUGUCACGACAUAGAUGAGUGCUCCCUGGGUCAGUACCAGUGCAGCAGCUUUGCUCACUGUGUCAACGUGCAUGGGUCCUACACGUGCAAAUGUAAAGAAGGAUACCACGGCGACGGACUGAGCUGCGUGUAUAUUCCGAAAGUCAUGAUUGAACCUUCAGGUCCAAUUCAUCCACCAAAGGGAAAUGGUACCAUUUCAAAGGGUGAUGGAGGACACAGUAAUUGGAUUCCUGAUGUCGGAAGUACGAGGUGGCCUCUGAGGACACCAUAUAUUCCUCCUGUCGUUACCAACAGGCCCACUUCUAAGCCAACAACAAGACCUACACCAAAGCCAACAACAUGGCCGACCCCACCCCCACCCCCACCGCCUCCCACAGAACUCAGAAGGCCUCCUCCACCACCACCAACGCCGGAAAGACCAAUCAUCAGACUAACGACUGUAGCACCAGUUGCUACCACAUCACCAAGAGAGAUUACAGUUGACAACAGGAUACAGACAGAUCCUCAAAAGCCCAGAGGCGAUGUGUUCAUUCCACGACACCCUUCGAAUGAUUUGUUUGAAAUAUUUGAAAUUGAAAGAGGAGUCAGUGCAGAUGAUGAAGCAAAGGAUGACCCAGGUGUCCUGAUACAUAGCUGCAGUUUUGACCAUGGGCUCUGUGGAUGGAUCAGGGAGAAAGACAGUGACUUGCACUGGGAACCAGUGAGGGAUCCAGCAGGGGGACAGUACCUGGCGGUCUCCGCAGCCAAGGGCCCCGGGGGAAAGGCCGCUCGCCUGGUGCUGCCUCUGGGCCACCUCAUGCAUUCCGGGGACCUGUGCCUGUCCUUCCGGCACAGGGUCACCGGGCUGCACUCCGGCGCACUCCAGGUGUUUGUGAGGAGACAGGGGGCCCACGGAGCAGCCCUGUGGGGAAGAAACGGUGGCCACGGCUGGAGGCAAACGCAGAUCACCCUGCGAGGGGCUGACAUCAAGAGCGUCAUCUUCAAAGGUGAAAAGAGGCGUGGCCACACCGGGGAGAUUGGAUUGGAUGAUGUGAGCUUGAAAAGAGGCCACUGCUACGAAGAGCGCCAGCAACUCCGCAACUAGCAAUCAACGUCCGUGUUGCCCCUCCUCUUCCUCUAAUCUUCAUCUCCUGUCUUCUCCUCCUUUCUGUCAUGCCUAGGAGGAGAGUGGGUCAGUGGGUCAGAGAAAGCCUGGCUGUUGACCCCCCCCCCCCCUUGUUGGCCUGCUCUUGUGCAAUCCCAAUGGACAGUGACACUCCCUUUGAAACAGAAGGGGCAUUUGUUUGACACGUGCAAGCUGUCUUUGGGUGCUGCCGACAUCCCGUGGCUCUUUUAGGAGCUGGCCUUCCGCACGGGUGACCUAGGCCAUCCUUCAACCUGGUGACAAGGUGUCCCUUGUCGCAAAGCACGGGAGACAUUUUCAAAAGAAAUGUGUGCAGACGGCCAUUCUGUUGUCUGUUCAGUGCUGUGCUACGAGUAGUAUUGACCUCCCCUAAGAUACGCUGUACAAUGUGCUUGUGAAUUUUGUUUCUCCUCCUCACUGUUCACUCCGGCCUGGCCUGAACUCUCUUACUGCCAUUCACUUUACGAAAGAAGGAUGUGUAACGUAGCGAGAUGCAUUUAUUCUUGUUAUCUGUAUUUUUCUUUUUAAAGACAAUUAUGUCAAGUGGGGCAAGUAAUUCCUCAUUAGUGGUAUUGUGUUUUGUGUAAAUGUGCUGUUGAUAUGACGCAGUGGCGUGUUCCUGAUAUUCACAGGCUCCAGUUGCAAGGGAAAAGGCAGCUUGUGAUCUCUUGAAUUAAAAAUACACGGUGAAAUGUUGUCCAGUCCUAUGACCUUUUAUCGGGAGCAAGAGAAAUGUGGAAACGGUGUCAGGUGGUGGCCGUGGAGGGAUGAAUGUUUUAAAUACCUUGAGUUUGAUCCCUACAAAGGAGAGGAAACAAGUUAGAUAGGAAGCUGCCAUUAGCAUAUACGGGUGCAACCCGCACUGUUUCUCACUGCACUCAAAACCCGACGGCUACCCCAGGAUAACACGGUUCUCUUCGCUAAUCUGCAAGACCUGGGAGGAAGUCCCGGCUGUCUCAGAGGAAGGAUUCUGUUUCUGGAAGCUGGCUGAGGAGAAGCCUGAGAGCAGCUCCCCUGGAAUAGAUUUCAUAUUAAUUUUUAAAUCAGUAUAAACAUAGGCAGUUCUAGCUCACAGCUUAUGGGCUACCGUGUCAGCAUGGGUAUGGAGGCUUUGAGGAAAGGGAUGUGCUGGAAUAGGACUCACGCACUAGAGCAAUGAGACAGGAUUGGAAUUCUGAGAUCUAAGGACCCCCAACUAAUAUCUUUCCUCCUUGCUUUUUUUAAGCUUUAUAUUAAAAAAGAAUAUCAUUUUUAAAAUGCAGCUUACUACUGAGACUUUUCCUCACUUCUGAUUAAGCAAUCAAAUAUUUUCUGCUGUUUUUGCCAGGAAUCACAAUGAUGAUGAAAGGGUUGGGGGGGGAGGGGGAGAUCUGUGAUGAAAAAUUAAAGGAACUGGGAUUACUCAGCCUGGAGAAGAGAAGACUGAGGGGCAAAACAUUGCUGGUUUUCCAGUGCGUGGAGGGUUGGUGCAGAGAGGAUGGUGGCCAGCUGUUCUCCGCGUGCACUAAGAAUAGAACAAGAGGAAGCAGGCUUAGACCAGAGCAUGAGGGAGCGCUUUCUGGCAGGGACAGUUGUUAAAAUAGAAUCCGAAAAUCCCUUAUAAAGGAGUGUCUCUAUCUUGGAGGCUUUUAAAAAGCUAGAUGAAACUUUGUCUAUUUAAGGUGGUUAAGGAUGUUUAAGAAAGAGUAAUAGAUUACACAAUCUCCCAAAAUAUGUUUUGCUCCUAUUCCUGUGUCAUGAAAAUCUCCAGACUAAGUAAUUUGGACCAGGCCAGGGUUUAAUUUAGGCAUUUCCCUCUUUGGCUUCUAACGGAGAGGAAUCAAAAGGGGACAAGCCCACCAAAUGCUGAGCUUUCCCUGUAUGGAAAACCUAGCAGUAUUAAAACAAAAAAGAAAAAAAAAAACAUUAUAUAUAUACAUAUAUAUAUUAUUCCAAAAAGAGAGUAUAAUAGGCAGAUGUUUUAAUAUUUCUGUGUCCUAAUGUGUUUUGUUUUGUUUUUUUCUUGGAAAAGGUAUAUAACCCUUUCACUUGCUCAGUGGCUGACACUUCAGAUUUUUAAAGACCAUAGCAAAGAACAUAGUUUACAGCGACUUUAACUGGUGCACUCUCUCUGCAAUGUGUGUGACAACUUAGCUUGGCUACUGAUACAGAGCACAUGCCCCACACCACUGCCAGGCCUUCCCCUUCACCUAAGUUGUAUAGCUCACUUUCUCUUUAUCAAUUGAAUCUCCCAAGUUCCACAAUGGUAAUGGGUUUCUUGAACAAUGGGUAUAAUAGUAUGCCUAUUCUAGUACACCUAUAAUACCUUUUGUCAUUUAACUUGGUGGAGGCAGGCGGCAGGGGAGGAUAAAUCAGUGAGCCUUUGGGUAGGGGCCAGCAUAUAUGGCCUUAGAGCUCUUCUCAAUGAUUCUUUUCCUUUUGGGUCUUAUAACUGCACAACUAAAGAUGAAAGGGGAAAAUAAUUGAAAAUUUCACUUUUCGGUGCCAAUAAUGCAUUGCACUACACUGAUGGAAGAAGUUAUCCAAAGUACUGUAUAACAUCUUGUUUAUUAUUUAAUGUUUUCUAAAGUGAAAAAAUGUUAGUGGUUUUCCAAACAGCCAAAUAAAAAUAAUUCUUUGUAAAUAAAAACAGUUAAUAAUA